CUUAUUCAUCUGUCCUGAAUUGUAAUUAAAUGGGGAAAUGGAUGAGAACCGAAUGAAACGCUUGGAAGAAAUGGAGUUUACGUAUUCAAUUUGCCAAGCAUGGUGGGGUGAUCUCAAAUUUAACUACAAGAAAAAGGAAAUAAGAUCUCUUCGAAUUUCCGUUAGAAAUACUGGAAACACCCGUGAAGUAGCAUUUGAAUUCCCGGUACCAAGUCUCGACAAACAGAACAGUGUUUCAAUUAAUCUCUCUGCCGUUGAUGUGUCUCAAGUACUGUACUCAAGCCCUCAACUUUGCUGUAGUCUACCUACAUCUCUUAUACUCCGUCUGUCUGCUCAAGGCAUUCAAAAAAUCAUUGAGAAAGUUCCGGUGAAUGUGAAAAAGUGGGAAAGUUUGCUUAAAAAUAAACAGAAAACCUUCCAGUGUUUUUCGGAUUCACUAAUGUUUGUUAUUGAUCCUUCGAAUACCAACCGUUUUGUUUGUGAAAACAACGUCAAGGAAAUAACCAUGACUUCAUAUACAGAAGAAACGACUUACUUUUUUCACUUUAUAGAUAACGAUUGGAUGAACCAGCUUGUCUCUUUGAAAUGGACAAAAUCGGAAUGUAUGAAUUUAUUUGUUUGUCUUGAUGAGCGAAACUAUACAAAACAUUAUAAAACUUUUGGAUUAUUACCCAAAGAAACAACACGGCAACUAUCAAACGGAAGGGAACUUUUGACUUUUAAAUAUCAGCCUCCAACUACACUAACAUCCAUUGAUGAUUCCGAAAAUUCGGACGACGAUUCGGACGAUGAAAAAAUUGAUUCAAAUAAUGCGGAACGUGAAGAACUUUUGCUAGUAGAGAAUGAACUAAAACGGCAAAAUAACGAAGAUACCAGUUCAGAAAGAGAAUGCUCCCAGCCGUGCACAUCAGCACCACCGAAAAAACGAGGAAAAAACCAGUGAAACCCGCAGUGAUGUAUUAAGAAAAUAUCUCGAGAACUAAAAUAAAAUAGUAUAAAUCCAAAGGUUUAUUUUACCAAAGGGAAUUAUAUUUUACUUUUCUUACAUAGGAUGUACUCUGAUGCUUCUUUCUUACUUUGUGUGUUAUUCGAUUCACCCCGAUGCUCAUUUUUUAAAUGUUCUAUCUUAUCUAGAUCCGAAUAAACAACAAUUAAUUAA